UUUUACAAUUCACUUUUAUUUGUCAAACAAAAACAGAACCUCUCGAGAUAUUUAGCUAGCUGGGGAAUAAGCGAACGUAUCAUGGAGGUUUCAAGUCUAUUGUCGCUCCUAUUUCUUCUUCUUCUUUUUCCCAUCCCGCUCUUCCUCUACCUCAUCGUCCGGCCACGUCCCGUGAAAGUCCCAAUCAAGAACCGCCACGUCUUCAUCACCGGCGGCUCCAGCGGCAUCGGCUUGGCUAUAGCUCACCAAGCCGCUUCCGAAGGCGCCAAAGUCUCGAUACUAGCUCGGAAUGAGGAGAAGCUGGAGGAUGCCAAGCGCGCGAUACGCGCCGCCACCGGAUGCGACGUCGGCCUGUUUAGCGCCGACGUCAGAGAUUUCGACGCUGUGAGGAGGGCGGUGGAAGAGGCCGGGCCGGUGGAUGUUCUGGUGUGUAACCAGGGGGUGUUUGUGGCGGAGGAGGUGGAGCGGCAGGACAUGCAGGAGGUGAAGUGGAUGAUCGACGUGAACUUGACGGGGACUUUUAAUUUGAUCAAAGUGGCGUUGCCGGGAAUGAAGAAGAACAGGGGAGAGCGUGGACCGGGGUCAAUCGCCGUCAUGUCCUCUCAGGCCGGACAGGUGGGCAUCUAUGGUUAUGCAGCCUAUUCAGCUUCCAAAUUUGGGCUCAGAGGUUUGGCAGAGGCGUUGCAGCAGGAAGUUAUUGCAGAUAACAUUCAUGUUUCUUUAAUAUAUCCUCCUGACACCGAUACUCCUGGCCUUGCUCAAGAGAGUAAAAAGAGACCUCGGAUAACAAGUCUACUAUCAGCAUUUUCCGGGCCGAUGAAAGCCGAAGAAGUUGGGAAGAAAACAUUAGAUGGAAUAAAAUGCGGGCGGUUUUCGGUUCCAUGCGACAUCGAUGGUUUGGCGAUAACCAUCGCCACCGCUGGUAUGUCUCCUCAAAGGUCAUUCCUCAUGGCUUUGGUUGAGGUGUUUGCUGCUGGAAUAUUGCGUAUUGUCGCUCUCUGCUUCCAGUUUAGCUGGUACAGGACCAUCGAAAAAUAUUAUCUUCCCAUGAGGAAAUAGUACUAGCUAACUAUAUGUUAUUAGUGCAUUUAUUAUUACUACGAGUAAUAUACUGUGUAUAAAAUAAAUAAGCUAUUUCUUAGCUUAGCUUCUACUUGUUAUUUCCUGCAUGUUUUAAUAAUGAUGACUUUGAAGUUUUUCUUUUUUAUUUAAUCACACUCUAAUAGAGAGUAUUAGACUGUUUUUAAUUGAAAUGUAAUUUUCUAAUUUGAGCUUGUCUAGUUUGAUUUGUUUAAUU